CACGAAUCAAAUAAAUAAGGCCCAUACUAGCCAGAAUGUUGGACCAGCCUAGCAUGAUUCACAAGAACUAUCUUAAUCGGGCCCGCCCUUCAACCGACUCAUUGACCAUUGUCAUUAAAAUCGGAACCUCAUCCAUAUGCGACGAAAAGACUCAUUUCCCUUUACUCUCGAAUUUAUCCAUGAUUGUCGAAACCAUUCUUCAACUGAAGGCUCGCGGUCAUAGAGUCGUACUUGUGACCAGCGCUGCCGUCGGUACCGGACUUCGACGCUUGAACAUCGACGUUAAGCCAAAGAAAUUGGCUGCGAUACAGGCUAUCGCAGCUGUCGGCCAGGGUCGCUUGAUGAGUCUGUACGAUGAUCUCUUUGGUCAGUUCAAUCAACCUAUCGCCCAAAUUCUCUUGACCAAGAACGAUCUUGCCGAUCGAUCCCAAUACCUCAAUGCUGUCAACUGCUUCGAGGAAUUGCUUGACAUGGGCGUCGUACCUGUAGUCAAUGAAAACGACACUAUUUGUAGUUCGGAAAUUCGAUUUGGCGAUAACGACACCUUAUCUGCCAUUGCCGCCGGCAUGGUCAAAGCUGACUACUUGUUUUUAAUGACGGAUGUGGACUGCUUGUAUACCGAUAAUCCUCGAACAAACCCUCUUGCGAAACCUGUAUGGCAAUGCGAUGACAUUCAGGCACUUCGAGAACAGAUUGUAGUCAGCGCUCCUGGUACCUCUUUGGGCACAGGCGGUAUGGUGACUAAACUCAUUGCGGCGGAAUUAGCGACAGCAGCGGGUGUUACGACCGUCAUUGCCCGAGGCUCCACCCCUCAAAAUAUACUCAAAAUCCUUUCUGAUACGGAACAAAACGAUCUCCCAUUACAUACCCGAUUCACCGCCAAAGACAAUCCUCUCGUCGAUAGAAAAUGGUGGAUUUUGCACGGCCUCAAAUCCAUCGGCAAAAUAUACGUUGACCACGGUGCGUAUCGUGCUCUCGUAGCGAAACAACGGUCCAGUCUGUUCGCAGCUGGCAUUGUUAAAGUGGAAGGCGACUUUGUUGCUCAACAGUCGGCUUUGAUCCUGUAUGAGCGAAAAGAUGCAGCUGGAGCAAUAAUUGAGGUGGUUGAAAUCGGCAAAGGCUUGGUCAACUACUCCUGUACAGAGAUUGGACGAAUCAUGGGUUGCAAAAGCGCUGACAUCCCUGAAAUUCUCGGCUACAUAGAAUCGGACUGUAUCGUUAAUAGAGAGAACCUUGUGAUUACAGCACUGAGAGAGGCGUAGAACGCCUCGCAACAUUGCAGCUAUUUAUUAAAGGUCAAAUCAUCAUAGAAUAAUCUACACCGCGAAUUAUGCAGUUCCGUCCCAAAC